AUGAAUCAAUCGACGGCUCAAAUUAUUAACACUCAACCUUUAAACAAUAAUGCUCAGCUGCAAAGGCCUCAGAACAUUGGGGGUCCACGAAAUGGUAAUCGUCGUCAGUCUCUAAGACCUCAGAACCUAUUCAAUAAUGCUCCCAUUGCCGUUCAAUAUUACGCAGAUAUAAUUGAAGGCACAGAAUUCACUGAAACACGAG